AUGCUAUAUCUAGUUGGGCUUGGACUUUCAUACGAGUCAGAUAUCACCGUUCGUGGUCUGGAGAUCGUCAAGAGAUGUAAGAGGGUAUACCUAGAGGCGUACACUUCCAUCCUGAUGGCAACGGAUAAGGCUGGACUUGAAAAGUUCUAUGGUCGCGAGGUCAUUCUGGCAGACCGUGAGUUGGUUGAAAGCGGAUCAGAUGAAAUUCUUGCAGGUGCCGAUACCGAUGAUAUUGCUUUCCUGGUAGUUGGGGACCCAUUUGGAGCAACCACCCAUACCGAUCUCGUGAUUCGUGCUAGAGAGCUAGCCAUCAAGGUAGAGACAGUCCACAACGCCUCGGUGAUGAACGCGAUUGGUGCAUGUGGUUUACAACUCUACACUUUUGGACAGGCCGUUUCUAUCGUGUUCUUCAACGAGCACUGGAGACCAGACUCCUUUUACGACAAGGUGAUGGAAAACCGCCGCAUCGGACUGCACACGCUGUUGCUACUGGAUAUAAAGGUCAAGGAGCAGAGUUGGGAGAAUAUGGCCCGAGGAAGACUGAUUUAUGAGCCUCCCAGAUAUAUGGACAUUGCCACUGCUGCUCAACAGCUGUUGGAAGUGGAAGAAAAGAAGGGUUUGCAAGCAUAUACGCCGUCUACGCCGUGCGUGGCUGCUUCGAGACUUGGAUCCCCAACACAGAACUUUAAGGCAGGAACUUUGCAGCAGAUGGCUGAAUACGAUGCUGGAGAGCCUCUGCACUCUAUGAUCAUGCUCGGGAGACAAGUUCACGAUCUGGAACUGGAGUAUCUGUAUGAGUACUGUGACGAUAAAGAGGCAUUCAAGAGUGCUGUCGUUGAGGACCAGAAGUUCUUUGCACCAGCCCCAUACAUUGCGCCCGAGGAAAAUUUUUCUGAUUAA